CAGGAAGUGAAGGGAAAUAUCCCCACUGGGACACAGAUGGCAAAACGUGUUUAUAAUCCUCCUAUACUAUAUAUGAACCAAUGGACUGCAGACAUAGUACAGGAAAUAUCCAGAGAGUGUGGAUGUACUACAGGAGAUGAUCAGAGACUGCAGACAGUACAUGAGAUGACCAGAGACUGCGGACAUAGCACUGGAGAUGACCAGAGACUGCUGACAGUACUGGAGAUGACCAGAGACUGCGGACAUAGUACAGGAGAUGACCAGAGACUGCGGACAUAGUACAGGAGAUAACCAGAGACUGCGGAUAUAGUAAAGGAGAUAACCAGAGACUGCGGAUAUAGUACAGGAGAUGACCAGAGACUGCGGACACAGUACAGG